AUCCACAACUAAGAAAAUCAGUUAAUAGCUGUCCAUCCAUUUAAUAUCCGAAAGUUAUCCAUUUCUUCUUAUUUGUGGACCACCGACGUUCCUUUCCAUAUCGUUCAAUCAUUCCUCAACAAUCACCUCUCCAUCAAUCAUCACCGUCCAUCGUUGCCAACUUCCUAUCACUCUCCCUCCCUCCCUCCCUCCCUCCCGCCACUGCAACUACCAAACCCCAUAGUUGAAACCCAUUGCCGCAACCAAUUUCUUCUUCACACGUGUCCAUCGCAGCCUAGCUCACAAAUCCAUAGCCACCGUUGAAACCUCAACGCUUCGGAAGAAGGUAAUCGACUGGUGGUUGAGCCAAAAUCAAAACGACGCUUUCAUGGAGGUUAAAAUCAGAACACCAAAGGUUGAUGUAGCGAUUGGUGUCACUUAAACAUUCACAGUACUCUCACUAACUCUCAUUCUCUCGCAAUCGUAUUGGUUCAAAUCCAAAUCAAAUGCUGAAAUAGCCCCCAACUUCUUCGCUCGCAGCAGCAGCAGCAGCAGCAGCAGCAGGAGUUAGAAGAGGAGAAGUGAGUUGAAGGCUUCAUGCAAUAUUGGAGAAAGAAGAAGAUUGUUCAUAAAACUUGAUCAUAUCCACUGAAACUACGCAAAACAAGAUGGCAAGUAUCCUCUGUGAUUUGGUGAAGAAAUAUGUGGACAAAUUGAUUGAUGGCGCAAUAGCAGAAGCACGUUAUGUAUUUUGCUUUACAUGCAUUGUUAAGAAAUUUGAAGAAGAAAGAACUACGUUGGAACCACAAAGGAUAACUAUCGAGCAACGUGUCAAAGAUGCAAGAGAAAGAGAUAAAGAUAUUAAAGCUAUAGUUGGUUCUUGGGAAAAAGAUAUUGAUGAGCUCAAUCAAGUGGACACAAAAACAAAACAAACAUGUUUUUUUGGAUUUUGUCCUAAUUGUAUCUGGCGAUAUAAAAAGGGAAAGGAGUUAUCAAAUAACUUGGAGAAGAUCAAACAACUAAAGGGAGAGAAAUUUGAAAAUAUUGAACUUCCUCGCCCUGUUCCAGGUGUUGAACGCUAUUCAUCCAAAGAUUACAUUUCUUUUGAAAGUAGAGAGUCAAAAUACAAAGAACUGUUGGAUGCAUUAAAAGAUGACAAUAACUAUAUAACCGGAUUGCAAGGGAUGGGGGGCACCGGAAAGACAACAAUGGCCAAAGAAGUGGGUAAAGAGUUAAAGCAAUCUGAAAUAUUUGCUUAUGUCGUUGAUACGACCGUGUCAUUUACUCCUGAUAUAAAAAAAAUUCAAGAUGAUAUUGCUGGAUCUUUAAGACUGGAAUGGGGGGGUUGUAAUGAACCAGACCGACCCAAAAAACUAUGGAGUAGAUUAACAAAUGGUGACAAAAUUCUUGUGAUACUGGAUGAUGUGUGGGAUCGAGGCCUGCCUCUUGAUUUUGAUGCAAUAGGAAUUCCAAAACAAGACACACACAAAGGUUGUAGAGUUCUUGUAACCUCGCGUAAUCAAGAAACUUUCAACAACAUGGACUGUGAUAAGAUAAUUGAAUUGGGUCUUUUAUCAGAAGAAGAAGCGUGGAUCAUGUUCAAAAUGUAUGCCAAGAUAAGUGAUAGCACCUCUCAAAAAUUGAUCGAUAAGGGACGUAAAAUUGCAAAGGAAUGCAAACGAUUACCUGUUGCAAUUUCAGUUAUCGCCAGUAGCUUAAAGGGCCACCAACAUCGAGAGCACAAAUGGGAUGUGACAUUGAAAUCCUUGAAGAAGCCUGUAUCCAUGCAUGGUGUUGAUGAUGAUAAGGUUGGAAUUUAUAACUUGUUGAAGAUUAGCUAUGAUAAUUUGAAGGAUGAAAAAGCCAAGGGGUUGUUUCUCUUAUGUUCGGUUUUCCGAGAAGAUGAAGAAAAUUCUAUUGAAGUUAUAACAAGACUUUGCAUAGGUGUGGGCCUUUUGGGGGAAGAUUAUGGUAGCUACGAUGAUGCUCGAAACCUAGUAGUUCUAGCCAAAGACAAGCUCGUAGAUUCUUGUUUGUUGUUGGAGGGCGGUGAAAAAUGUCUAAAACUGCAUGAUUUGGUCCGAGAAGCAGCUCAAUGGAUAGCGAACAAAGAGAUUCAAUGUGUAAAAUUGUUUGAUGAAAAGCAAAAGUCAUUGGUUGAAAAGCAGACAAAUAUCAAAUAUUUAUUAUGUGAAGGGAAGUGCAAGGAUUUAUUUUCCUUGGAAUUUGAUAGAUUGAAACUUGAGACUUUAAUUGUCAAGGUGGAUAGAGAAGAAGAGGAUAAAUGUAUAAAAGUACCAGAUUCUUUCUUUGAAAAUGUUAUCAGGCUCCGUGUUUUGAAUUUUUCAGGCAUUCAUUUCAGCCAAUCUUUAUCAUUACCACCUGCAAUUCAGUUAUUGACAAAUAUUCGAUCUAUGUCGUUUGAUCAUGUUGAUUUAGGUGAUAUCUCUAUUUUGGGAAAACUACAGAGACUUGAGACUCUUGAUUUGGAUACAUGCAAAGUCAAUGAAUUGCCAAACCAAAUUACAGAACUGAAGAAGUUUAAAUUGUUGAAAUUGGAAGAUUGUGAAAUAAGAAUGAAUAAUCCAUUUGAAGUUAUUGAAAGAUGCUCAUCACUUGAAGAGUUGUAUUUCAAAUAUAGUUUCAAUGAAUUUUGUAAGGAAAUAGCCUUACCUGAGUUGAAAAGAUAUCAUAUCCAUGGUAGAAGUUCCUUUUAUUCGGAAGGACAAUCCAGGUUUUCCAAAUAUGUUGUGUUUCGUGGUGAUGAAAAGUGUCAAUUUUCAAAAGGAACACUCAAGUACUGCAUGCAAACAGCAGAGGCUCUUUUUCUAGAAGGAAUUAAGGGGGAAUGGAGAAAUCUCAUGCCUGAGAUUUUUCCUUUAGAACACGGUAUGAAUGAUCUUGUUGAACUUCAUUUGGAUCGGAUUUCACAACUACGGUGCCUCAUUGACACCAUUGGUUCUCAUGUACCGAUCUUGUCCAACUUGGUUGUACUAGAACUGGAAAACAUGGAAAAUUUGGAACAACUAUUCAAUGGUAAGCUAAACCUCUGCAAUCUAAAGAGAAUCACACUUAAGAAUUGCCCUAUGUUAAUUUCUAUACUACCUUUCCUCUCUGCUAAAGACCUUCCAGCACUAGAAGCUAUCAGAAUAAGAAAAUGUGAUGGAUUGCAAUAUGUGUUUGGUCAAUCUCAACAUGUUGAACUGGUUUCACUAACUGAAUUGGAGCUCUCUGAAUUACCAAACUUCAUUGGUAUUUUUGAAGAAUGUGUGAAGGGAUCAUCUUCCACUUCCAAAGCACAAAUACAAUUGGAUCCUAUGCGUGAUAGGGAUCAACCGCAUGACUGCUCAGUGGCAUCGGAAUCAAAUUCAUAUGGCCUUAACAUAUGGGAACGUCUUGGAAUACAAUCAAAGAUCCUCUGCAAUAUUAAAGAGAUUGUGCUGACUCAUUUUCCGAAGAUGAAAUCAGUAUUUAUCCUAUCUAUUGAUCUAAUAAUGCAGUUGGAAACUUUGAGAAUUGAGAAAUGUGAUGAACUGAAGCACAUAAUAAUAGAUACUGGAUAUCAUAACAUUGGUGGCAACAUCUGUGUCAAUGUCUUCCCAAAAUUGAAAAAGCUCUAUGUUGAAGAUUGUGCUCAAUUGGAAUACAUAUUUGGACAUGACACUAGUGAUCAUCAAAACGAUAUGGGGAUUCAGCUUCAUCUUCCGGAAUUGAGAUAUCUCCAUCUUGCCAGUCUGCCAAGUUUGAUCGCCAUGUGUCCCAAACAAUAUCGAAUAACAUAUCCUUGUUUGAAAUAUCUUUGUAUCUGGAAAUGUUCCCAGGAUAAUACAAUCAUUAAGGAAUUGAGUGGGAACAUUGAUCUUUUUCUCACUUUGGAAACACUCGACGUAUUCAAUUCCAAUGUAGAAAGUAUAUUUUCCCUGAAUGAAAUUGAUGAACAGCAACUGGACUUAGCUUUGCGAUACAUUACCUUGAUUGAUCUGCCUAUGAUGACUUGUCUUUUUGUGGGUCCCAAAAAUUCAUUUUCCCUCAAAAACCUUACACGCAUAACAAUCAUGCGAUGUGACAAAUUGAAAAUUGCAUUCUCCACUUCCAUUUUAAGAUUUCUACCACAGUUGCGUAUUUUAAGAAUAGAAGAAUGCAACGAGUUGGAACAUAUUAUUGAAGAUGAUUUGGAGAAUAAAAACAAUUCAACAACAUGCUUCCCAAAGCUAGAACUUCUUACUGUUAGAAAGUGCAACAAGUUGAAAUUUGUUUUCUCCUCUUCCAUGUUAAGAGUUCUACCAAUGUUGCUUUAUUUAACAAUAGAAGAAUGCAAAGAGUUGGAACAUAUUAUUGAAGAUGAUUUGGAGAAUAAAAACAAUUCAACAACAUGCUUCCCAAAGCUAAAAAGUCUUGCUGUUAGAAAUUGCAACAAGUUGAAAUUUGUUUUCUCCACUUCCGUGUUAAGAGUUCUACCACAGUUGCGUGAUUUAACAAUAGAAGAUUGCAAAGAGUUGGAACAUAUUAUUGAAGAUGAUUUGGAGAAUAAAAACAAUUCAACUACAUGCUUCCCAAAGCUACAAGCACUUCUUAUUAUAAAGUGCAACAAGUUGAAAUUUGUCUUUCCAUUCUCUGUAUGUAAAGAGGUUCCCGAGCUAACUUUUCUGAUGAUAACAGAAGCAAAUGAGUUAGAGAAAAUAUUCAAAAGUGAAGAUGAUCAGAAAGUUGAUAUUCCAAAUCUAAAUGUUUUAGUAUUUGAUAUGCUGCCAAGCCUCUGUUGUGCUCAGGGAAAUCAAUUCCAGGCUGUAAAAAAUCGCUUCGUGCGGGAUUGUCAUCAACUCAAACUGACUUCAGCAUCAACAACCAACACCUUCAUAGAAAUUGAAAAGUUAUGUUACAUCAUAGAUUAUGAUUUGCAGGAGAAAGUGGUAGAUCUAUUUAAACAGGGAACCACCAAAGAUUUUGAUACCGAGUCGAAGUUAGCAAGUGUUGAAAUUGUUGAAAAUGCUGGGAUUGAACAACUGCCAAGUGCAAAAAUCACUGAAGAUUUUGAACUACCAGUUGAUCAAGGGGAUCCUUCUCAAAAAGUAGAAGAUUUAGCAAUACUACCAACAAACUCAAAAAUUCAAAUGAAACAAACACCAAAGACAGAGCAUGAAUUUGUUGAAAAUGUUCCAGAUUUAGCAAUACUACCAACAAAAUCAGGAAAGUUGCAGAAUGAACAAUCACUUGGAGAAACUGAUACUACAGUCCAAUCUUCUCAAUUGGAGGGAUCAACAUCAGAAAAAACAGCAGUUGCAACUGUGUCUUCCAUUUCAAGAACAAAGAAUGAGCCACCAAUGCAAGUAGUUACGUCUAAACAAAAGGGUAUUGAGAUAGAAGGAACUUCUAAGACUAAUAAUGAUCAAGCUUCUCUAAAUGGCGAUGCUUUGAUGAAAGUAAACUCAUAUGUUGAGGAACAAUUUUCUAAGGAUGAUGAAAUAAUAGUUUCCAAAUCUGAACCCUCUCCGAGCAUCACAUCUUCUGUUGCAUCUAAAGGGGAUCCUUCUCAAAAAUUAGAAGAUUUAGCAAUACUACCAACAAAUUCAAAAAUACAAAUGAAACAAACACCAAAGGCAGAGCAUGAGUUUGUUAAAAAUGUUAUGGAUUUAGCAAUACUACCAACAAAUUCUGAAGAGUUGCUGAAUGAAAAAUCACUUGGGGAAACUGAUACUAUCAUCAAACCUUCUCAAGUAAAUAAUUUGGAUGGAUCAACAUCAGAAAAAACAGCAGUUGCAACUAUGUCCACCAUUUCAGGAACAAAGAAUGAGCCACCUAUACAAGUGGUUGCUUCUAAACAAAAGGGACUGCAGGGUAUUGAGGUUGAGAUAGAAGGAGUUUCUAAGACUAAUAAUGAUCAAGUUUCUCCAAAUGGCGAUGCUUUGAUGAAAGUAAACUCAAAUGUUGAGGAACAGUUUUCUAAGGAUGAUGAACUAAUAGUUUCCAAAUCUAAACCCUCAUCUCCAAUGCCUUCAAUGCCUUCUAAAGGCAACCCUUCUCAAAAAGUAGAAUUAAGUUCUUCUUUGCUUGUUAAGAGGGAGCUUGAUGAGCUGGUCUCCAAGAAUCAUUUGAAGUAUAAGAACUUGUCUUUGUUAUCUGAUUUUCUUGUUGCCAAUCCAUCUGUUUGUUUAAAGGACACUUCACUUAGUAAUAGAUACAAGGGAUGUGCCUACAAAUCACUAGCUAAGCUAUUGAAAUUCCUCAAAACCCAUAGUUUGCUAGAAGUAUCAGGCUCAAGCCACUCUGAAUUUGUGGAGCUAUUACAAGAUGCGCGCAGCUUUGCUUUUGAUAAGGAAUGGUUGGAUGGUGUUGAGAGGCGCGCUUUAUUUCCUGAAAUACAAGUAUUUCCAGAUGCCAUGGAAAAGUUAUUGGAUUCUAAGAAAAAGAUUACCAAGAAUGUGGAAGAUCUUAAGCAUCAAUUGACAUCCUCUGAAGCUGAUUUGGAGAGUAUCAUUCAACAAGAGGCAAUUUUAAGUGCCCCUAUUGGUUAUUAGACUAUAUUUUCAUUGCUAAUUUUCUAUGCUUUUCAUUGUGUGUGUUAUUGUCCUUCAGUAUUGUUUAUUCUUUGAGUGUAUGGUUUCCUCAUUUCUCAUAUGAGAUGAACUUAUGAACCGUCUUAUUAUGUUUGUGUUUUAAUAGGCCAUGUGUGGAAUUUGUGUUGUUAAUUGGUUUCUAUCUUUGUUGGUGAGUUCCUUCAAAAAAAAAAAAAAUCUUUGUUGGUGAGUAUUGUUGUUCCCUAGUGUUUACUAGGAUGACUAUUGUGUACUUAUUAUUCAUAGUGGAGAAUCUUAUAUGAUAAUAUUUUCAUUU